AGAGGAGGAAGAGGGGAAGCGGAAGUGACCGGCGCGCGGUACCGGAAGUGGGGGUGCCUUUCCGGUGCGGGCGGCGUGCUCAGGCCGGCAGCGGCAGCCUCUGCAGCCAUGAGUGUCCCGGCCUUCAUCGACAUCACGGAGGAGGAUCAGGCUGCAGAACUUCGAGCUUACUUGAAAUCCAAAGGAGCAGAAAUCUCUGAAGAAAACGCUGAAGGUGGACUUCAUGUGGACUUGGCACAGAUCAUUGAAUUUUGUGAUGUGUGCCUGAAAGAAGAUGACAAAGAUGUUGAGAGUGUGAUGAACAGUGUAGUCUCUUUGCUGCUUAUCCUGGAACCUGACAAACAAGAAGCACUGAUUGAAAACCUGUGUGAGAAGUUAGUAAAAUUUCGGGAAGGAGAGCGCCCAUCUCUUAGAUUGCAGCUGCUGAGCAAUCUCUUCCAUGGUAUGGAUAAGAACACUCCUGUGAGAUACACCGUGUACUGCAGCCUUCUUAAAGUAGCCUCGUCAUGUGGUGCCAUCCAGUACAUUCCAACUGAACUAGAUCAGGUCCGAAAAUGGAUUUCUGACUGGAACCUUGGCACCGAGAAAAAGCAUACUCUCCUGAGACUGCUGUAUGAUGUCCUGGUAGACUGCAAAAAAAGUGACACCGCAGCAAAAGUAAUGGUGGAACUACUAGGAAGUUACACAGAGGACAAUGCUUCCCAGGCUAGAGUUGAUGCUCACAGAUGUAUUGUACGAGCACUGAAGGAUCCAAAUACCUUUCUCUUUGAUCAUCUUCUUGCCUUAAAACCUGUGAAAUUUUUGGAAGGAGAACUUAUUCAUGAUCUUUUGACCAUUUUUGUAAGUGCUAAACUAGCAUCCUAUGUCAAGUUUUAUCAGAACAACAAAGACUUCAUUGACUCCCUUGGCUUGUUGCACGAACACAAUAUGGCAAAAAUGAGGCUACUUACUUUCAUGGGAAUGGCUGUAGAGAAUAAAGAAAUAUCAUUUGACACAAUGCAACAGGAACUGCAGAUUGGAGCUGAUGAUGUAGAGGCAUUUGUUAUUGAUGCUGUAAAGACAAAGAUGGUAUACUGCAAAAUAGAUCAGACACAGAGGAAAGUAGUUGUCAGUCACAGCACACAUCGGACCUUUGGAAAGCAGCAGUGGCAGCAAUUGUAUGACACUCUAAACACCUGGAAACAAAACUUGAAUCAAGUGAAAAACAGUCUCCUCAGUCUCUCAGACACCUAAAACUUUUUUUUUUUUUUUUACCUAGUAAUGUCACUAUAGGUGAAAUUUAUUCAAAACUUUGAUAAUUUGUGAAUGUUUCCAAAAUUUCUGCAAUUGGUUUAAGGAAGCUAAAUAUUCUAAAUUGCAACAGGACAAAAGGCAAUAAAACAAACAUGGGAAAAUA